CCUGGUCCUACUACAACGACAAUGAAGCAGCAGCAGCAGCAGCUGGCGGCCGCGAGCGCGGGUGUCCCGGCCUUCCUGAGCAAACUGUGGGCGCUGCUGGGGGAGGCGCCCAGCAACCAGCUCAUCACCUGGAGCCAGCUAGGACGGACCCUGGCUGCAGAGAUUUUUUGUGUUGAGAAGUGGAGGCUUGUCAUCUGGAGCUUUCAUCAAUGACAUCUGUCAAAGAUGACAGUCCGCAUCUUAAAUUGAGGGCAAGCCUGAUGUAUGCAAGGGCAAAAUAAACCAACUAAGAAUGGCCAGAGUUUCCUGGUGUUGGAUGAACAAAGAUUUGCAAAAGAGAUUCUUCCUAAGUACUUCAAGCACAACAACAUGGCGAGCUUUGUGAGACAGCUAAAUAUGUAUGGCUUCCGUAAAGUAGUCCAUGUUGACUCUGGCAUUGUCAAAUUGGAACGGGAUGGUCCUGUGGAGUUCCAGCACCCAUACUUUAAGCAGGGCCGUGAUGACUUGUUGGAGCAUAUUAAAAGGAAGGUUUCCUCUUCAAGACCUGAAGAAAAUAAAAUCCGUCAGGAAGACCUGUCUAAAAUCAUAAGCAGUGCUCAGAAGGUGCAAAUUAAACACGAGACCAUUGAAUCCAGGCUGUCUGCCUUAAAGAGGGAAAAUGAAUCUCUUUGGAGGGAAGUGGCAGAAUUGAGAGCAAAACACUUGCAGCAGCAACAGGUUAUUCGAAAGAUUGUACAGUUCAUUGUUACUCUGGUGCAGAAUAACCAGCUAGUGAGUCUAAAACGCAAACGGCCACUACUUCUGAAUACCAAUGGACCUCCAAAGUCUACUAUGUUUCAGCAGAUCGUCAAAGAAUCAGCUGACAAAAACCAUCAUGUACCACUCAGCAGAACUGAGGGACUGGAGCAGAGGGAGCAGAUUUCAGAUGACAUAAUUAUUUAUGAUGUCACUGAUGAUAUUGGUGAGGAAGAAAAUAAUAUGGGUGAAGAAGAAAGUGCUCCCAUUACUCCAGAAACAAAUGAGGAUGCUACGUCAGACUCUUCCAACUGUAGUCAUUCUCCUGAUAUUGUAAUUGUAGAAGAUGAUAAUGAGGAUGACAACAUCCCUGUAAUUCAAGGGGAUAAAAAUAUCGAACCAAUCACUAUCCCAGCCAGUGAUCCCCUCAGUCCUGUCAGUGACAGUGCAAGCCCCCUCAUGUCUAGUGCUGUUCAACUGAACAACCAGUCAACUCUAACUGCAGAAGACCCUGUCUCAAUGAUGGAUUCCAUACUCAGUGAGAAUGGUGUAAUUUCACAGAACAUCAACCUUCUUGGAAAAGUUGAGCUAUUGGAUUAUCUUGACAGUAUUGAUUGCAGUUUAGAGGACUUCCAAGCCAUGCUGUCAGGACGACAGUUCAGCAUAGACCCAGAUCUUCUGGUUGAUCUUUUUACAAGCUCCGUGCAGAUGAAUCCCACAGAUCAUAUCAGUAAUACAAAAGAGACAAAAGGAAUAGAAACUACAAAGAGUAAUGGACCUCAGCCUGCUUCACAGGACACACAGAGUUCUAAGCCCAAAUCAGAUAAACAGCUCAUUCAAUAUACUGCCUUUCCACUCCUUGCAUUCCUUGAUGGGAGUCCAGGUGCAACUGUUGAGGGUGGAAAUUCCACAUCUGAAACAAUGUCCUCCCUAGACAAACCCUUAGAAGUGGAUGAGCUUCUGGAAAGCAGCCUGGACCCUGAACCAACUCAAAGCAAGUUAGUGCGGCUGGAGCCACUGACUGAGGCGGAAGCAAGUGAAGCCACACUGUUUUAUUUAUGUGAACUUGCUCCUGCCCCCAUGGACACAGAUAUGCCAUUCUUGGAUAACUAACAUAGCAGGAACUUUGUAUAUAUUCAUCAAAACAAACUAUUUAUUUAGGAUAUCAUUUGGUAUCUUUCUGGGUUUUUUGGUAAAUUCUUUGGUUAUUAUAACCAGCUAUUGUGGAAUCUCUCUCCUAUCCUUCUCCCCACAAACUGCUCUUUGAAUAUGUGUAAGUAGUUGUGUACUUAUACAAGACAUCAUAGACCAUAGUAUGACUUGGUAUAUGCGACUAAGUUACCAACCUUUUUUAAUUUGUCAAAUAUUUGGUAUUUAUAGAGAAUACAAAAUAUCCCAAGUAAUGAAAAUUCAUGUCAGAAUGACUGUUUUACACUCUUAGACUUUUUGGUUCUAUGUAUGAUUGAGUAGAAUAACUCUGUAUUGUGUAGAACUCUGAAUGUUUUCUGUAUUUUGGUUUUCUAUUUUUACAACCUUUUGUUUAAAAAACGUUUUUUGGGGGGUGGGGUGCAUCAAGACCUGAGUUGAGCUGUAUUUUUUUCUGGUUGAAUUGGGAACAAAGUGCCUGUUACCUAGUUGACUCUUUGGUUCUGCCUUAGUUUUUUCAGUGAGUGUAAUCAUACAUGACAGAAGAGAAAUGGAAGUUUUUAUUUAUUAAGACAGGAGCCACUUGCAUGCAUGAGUUCUAACCUGAACCAUCCACUUUGAUAAAAUAAAUGUUAUCUAGGUGUGA